AUGACUUUAAGGAGUGGCAAGGAAGUUCAAGGACCCGAACCGGUGAUUCCUAAAGACAAGGACGAGGAACGGAUUGAGAAAGAAUUGGAAGAGGAGGGCACAGACAACAAAAAUGCAAAGGUACCCUCGAACCCAAUUCCUACAGCUAAAACUAAUCCACCUCCCUUUCCUAGCAGGUUAGAGAAACCAAAGAAGCAAGACAAGGAAAAAGAGGUCCUGGAGAUUUUUCGCAAGGUGGAGAUCAACAUACCCCUACUGGAUGCGAUUAAACAAGUACCCAGGUACGCAAAAUUUUUGAGGGACCUGUGUGCCAACCGCAAGCGGUUGAAGGGGGAUGAACGAGUUAUAGUUGGGGAGAAUGUUUCAGCAAUUCUACAAAGAAAGCUUCCACCGAAAUGCGGAGAUCCAGGCCCUUUGAAAGAGACUGGGAUAAUAAUCCAAUUAGCUGACAGGACCAAUGCAUACCCUGACGGGUUGAUUGAAGAUGUUUUGGAGGUUUUUGAAAUUGAAGGCAGGGAUGAACUAGAGGUCGUCCUGACCAGGCACUUUGAGUCCGAAACGACCUCUAGGGUAGAGUUGAGUGAAGAGCUUAAAUGCGUGAUUGGAUCGUUGCAAACAUUACCAACCACGAAGACAAGGUAUGAUCUUGCACCGAUUUUCAUACCCGAACCUCACCAAAGGUUACUUCCAUCUAUGGUGCAGGCACCUGUCUUGGAACUAAAACCACUGCCGAAACACCUAAAGUAUGUAUACUUAGGUGAAGGGGAGACACUUCCAGUGAUCAUCUCCGCGGGUUUAUCAAAGGUUCAAGAAGAGAAACUACUUCGAGUUCUUAGGGAACAUAAGCAGGCGAUAGGAUGGACCAUCGCCGACAUCAAGGGAAUUAGCCCUGCGGUGUGUAUGCACCGAAUUCGACUCGAGGAGAAUGCUAAACCCGUACGGCAAGCUCAACGGAGAUUAAAUCCUCUCAUGAUGGAGGUCGUAAAGAAAGAGAUUUUAAAACUGCUGGACGUUGGAAUUAUAUUUACAAUAUCAGAUAGCCCGUGGGUAAGUCCAGUACAGGUGGUCCCGAAGAAGGCAGGGGUGACAGUGGAAUCAAACCAAGAGGGUGAGCUCGUACCAAUUCGAAAGCCCACCGGAUGGCGACAGUGUAUCGAUUACCGAAAGCUAAAUGCCGUCACGAAAAAGGACCAUUUUCCCCUCCCUUUCAUUGAUCAGAUGGUGGAGCGAUUAGCAUGUCGAGCUUACUAUUGUUUCUUGGAUGGAUUUUCAGAUGUAUCCUUCGAAUUUGAUGAAGCGUGUAAGGGGGCAUUCAAUAAGUUAAAGGAGUUAUUGAUCACCUCACCUAUUAUCCAACCCCCUGACUGGAACCUCCCAUUCGAGAUCAUGUGUGACGCCAGCGACUAUGCAGUGGGUGCGGUAUUGGGUCAAAGAGUAGGAAAGGCAGCUCAUGCUAUCUACUACGCAUCUCGAGCCUUGAACGGAGCUCAAUUGAACUAUUCAACCACCGAAAAAGAGCUUUUAGCAGUUGUUUUUGCCUUAGAAAAAUUUCGGUCUUAUUUACUUGGUGCUAAAGUUAUUAUUUUUUCUGAUCAUGCAGCUUUGCGGUAUUUGUUGACAAAAAAAGAGGCAAAACCGCGAUUGAUACGGUGGAUAUUAUUGCUACAGGAGUUCAACCUGGAGAUCCGAGAUAAGAAAGGGGCGGAGAAUCUGGUAGCAGAUCACUUGAGUCGAGUACAAGUCGUCGAAGAUGACAUCCCAUUGAGAGAAGCAUUCCCCGAGGAGCAUUUAUUUUCUAUUAACUCAUCUUUACCUUGGAGAUAUGGUGUCUUGCACAAAGUCUCUACAUCAUACCAUCCUCAGACAAAUGGUCAGGCGGAAACAUCGAACCGAGAGAUCAAAUCAAUUCUAGAAAAGAUGGUCCGACCCGAUAGGAAGGAUUGGAGUGUGAGACUAGAUGAUGCACUAUGGGCAUAUAGGACAGCAUACAAGACACCCAUUGGCAUGUCCCCUUACCGAUUGGUAUUUGGAAAGCCAUGUCAUCUCCCGGUCGAGUUUGAGCAUAGAGCAUUUUGGGCGGUCAAACAAUGCAACAUGGAUAUCGAGGAAGGCGGAAUUCAAAGAAAGUUACAAUUACUAGAGUUGGAAGAAAUUCGAAAUGAAGCAUACGAGAAUGCAGUGAUCUAUAAGGAGAAGAAUCAGAUCUUUCAUGACCAACAGAUCUCUAGGAAGACAUUCGUCUGUGGGCAAAAAGUUUUACUAUACCACUCCAAAUUGAAACUAUUUCCAGAUUCUUUCAUAUGCCAAGUUUCUAAAGGAGAUUAUGACAUGAAAGAGGAGAUUGGAUGA